AUGGGCUUGGUCGGUACAGUCAACGGAUGGAUAAAGAUUUCACUUGCCCACCUAACAACUGGAUGCGGCGACGUGCCGCUAAUGUUAACAGAGGACGAAUCUUCAUGGGUCGUUUCUUUGACAGUACUUGGUUCAAUGAUCGGUUCACUUCUGGCUGCCCAGUUGGCCGAUCGCAUCGGUCGUAAAUACUGCCUCCUUGUAUGCAGCACAAUGUUCACCAUAGGCUGGUUAAUCAUCUGCUUCGCAACAUCCGCGCCAAUGCUAUACCUUGCUGGAGUGACUUUAGGUAUAGGCGUUGGUAUUGCCCACACGAUAAAUCCCAUGUUCGUAUCAGAAGUCGCCGACAUCAAAUACAGAGGAUCUAUAGGUGUUCUAAUCGCAGCGAACGUAAAUUCGGGGAUACUACUAACCUACGCACUAUCAGUAUGGCUGACGUAUAAGUUACAGCUGGCGUUUCUUGUAAUAAUAUCCCUUAUAUCCAUCUUGACGACCUUGUACUUCCCCGAAACUCCGUAUUUCUUGGUGGCAAAAGGUCAAAAGGAGCAAGCAUGCAAGUCGAUAGUAUAUUACAAAUGCAUCGAAGAUCCUGACAAAGUGAAAAUGGAACUACGUACUUUACGCGAUCAAGUCAGACACGAAUUACACCAACAAGUCAGAUACGAAUUACUCCAACAAUCCACGAGCGAUUUACACUCAGAAUCAGGACGCGAUUUACCCCCACAAUCCAGAAGCGAUUUACCAUCACAAUCCAGAAGCGAUUUACCCUCACAAUCCACAUACGUAAUACAUUCAGAAGUCGUAAGUGAAGAACACCAGCAACCCACAGGUGAAUUACGCCCACAAUCCUUGCGCGAAUUACACUCACAAUCUAGAAGCCAUUUACGCAAACAAUCCAGUGUGGAUUCACAAGAAUCAACGGACAUACCUGAGACAUACAUGGAGUUAUCUAAAUAUACCUGCUUAGACAAGCUGCGAGCAAUACUACAACGAAGCAACAGGAAUGCUCUGUUUAUCAUGCUUGGCUUGAUCAUGGCACAACAACUUAGCGGAAACUUCUCCGUUACGGAGUACCUGGAACAAGACAUUGACAGAAAAUGGGCCACUUUCAGUCCGCAGGAUGCGAUGAUUUUUGUCCAGGUUGUCCGCUAUGUAUCUGGCUAUAUAGCCAUGCUAAUAGUGACAUAUUGUGGAAGAAGGAAACUUUUGAUUGUGUCUACGAUGGGGUCAUGUCUUUCAUUGAUUAUUUUUGCAGGUUGUCUUUUCUUAGAUCAACAUAACUUUGACCACCCCACCUUCACUAUUGUUUCCAUUCAUUUCUUAAGUGGGUAUCAAUUAUUGUUUCAAAUUGGUUUAGGACUGUUACCCAAUGUUCUCCUAUGCGACUUAUUUCCUACGGAACUAAAAGGCAUUGUUGGUGCCAUCGUUGUCAUUUUCAAUGGUAUAGUUGGUUUUACCGCGACGAAACUGAAUCAAGUGAUUAUCGAGAAUGUAGAAUGGCAUGCGAUUUUCACUAUCUUCGCAACAUUAUGCAGCUUGGCAUUUCUGAUGGUGUUCAUAUGGGUACCGGAAACAAAAGGAAAAACAUAUAACGAGAUUGAAGCGCUUCUAGCUGGUGAAAAUUUGAAUUCAUCGAAUGAAGAAGUUAGCAGCGAUGAAAUGGAUAGUCGUGAAAUAUGACAGGAGAAAAUGCACUGACAAUC